AUGGAUAGAAAUGAUCGAGAGCCACUGAUGACAACUAAAUUGCCAAAUUCUUCUCCCCAAAUUGAGAAAGGACCUUCCGAGCUCAAUACAGCAAAUGUUGCUGAAGUAUGGCCAUGUCGUUUCUGUGGUUUAUUACUAGGAAUUUGUCAUUUAUCACUUGGGACCACUUUAUUAGUUUUCGAUGUCACAACCAAUAAUAUUUCGGGAACAGUUUUUGCUAUAACAGCAUCACUCUCAUUUAUCAUUUGCGGAAUUUUUUCGUUCAUUUCAGCGAGGCGCUUAGAUCGGCCCGCACAAAUUUUGUUGCUGUUUUUCGGUGUGUUUUCUGCAGCAAUGAGUACCAUAAUGUUUAUGGAUAGUGCAGCUACGAUAAAUUAUAAUUGUGAUCAAGGAAUCUGCCAUAGUAAAGUUAAUCAUGUUCAUACGGUACUUCUUUGCUACGCGCUCAUCGAAUUAACACUAAGUUUUGCAACAACAAUCGUUUGCUUCCGAUCACUAAGACGAGCGUAUCGAGUGCGAAAAGCCAGCUCGCCUUAUAGUACAUUGAUUGAAGGUGAUUACGAUGCAUUUUAUAUCAAGCCAAGGACAGUAAAUGGUCACAAGAGCAGUUCAACAUUGCUACCACAUAUUCUCAAGUAA